AUGCGGCCGUCUCUCUUCCCUCGCCGUUCAUCUCUCCAAGCCUUCUUCUUCAGCUCUUUCUCCGCCUCUAGACCUACGCACAGCGCCGAUCCUCUACACUAUUUCAAGGUUUUCUCCUCUCUCACCAAAGACCUCUCGCAAAACCCUAGAAACUUCAAAUCCCUAAGAUUGCUAGACUCGUUGCUCAUCCAAUCUCAUCUGUUCGAUCCAGUAACUUCAAUCUUUGUAAUUGAUUGUCUAUCACAAUUGAAAAAGGUACAGAGAGCUAAAUCUGUCAUCUCUCAUUUGAAAACAAAAGGUAACAUCUCUCAUUACGUUUUAUACAGUUUGAUAUUGGAUUUCGUACUCAAGGAUUAUAAAAUCACCGAUGUUGAGUCUUUGUGGAAUGAGAUUCCCUCGUUCGAAUCUCAAAUUGAUAUAUCCGAUUAUAUCAUACAUGUUAGUAGACAUGGUGAAAAUCAUGAGAUUAAGGCAGUUUUCGAGAGAAUUCGAAUGGAUCUUGGGAGUUUGAAUAGAGAUGGUAGCAUUGCUUUGAUUGCUUCUCUAUGUAGAAUUAAUGAAGGAUUGUUGGCUAAAGAAAUCAUUCAAGAAAUGAAUGAUAAUGAUGUUAAAGUUGAUGAUUUCAGUUAUUUUCUUACAUUUCAAUGCUUAUGUAGAGAUGGGUAUAUUGAAGAAGCUGACUUUAUUUUGAGAAAACUAGUUAGAACUAAUUGGCAGAUUGAUAUUUCUGUAUAUGGAAGCUUUCUUUAUGCUCUUUGUAAAUCAGGUAGGUUUAGGGAGGCUAAUAAGCUCUUCAACAAGCUUAUAAAAGAUGAACAAUCUUUAUCUUUUCAGAACAGAGAUAUAUCCUUGAAAGAGGGAAGAAGGGUUAUGUUUCAGUUGAGUGGCAAGUCCUUAAUUCCCUCGAUUAUGGUUUACGAGGCUUAUUUUCGUUCCUUAUGUAGUUUUGGAAGGCUCGACGAAGCCGAGGAAUUGUUGAAGAAAAUAAUGAGAAUGAAAAUUGUCCCUGAAAUCUGCAUUUACAGGUCUUUCAUCAAGGCACUAUUAAGUGCAGGCCGUGAAGAUGACGCGAUGAGAUUCUUGAACUCAGAGAGAUUGAAAGGGAUUGUUGAUAGUGAUGAGCUAACGGGUUUUCUUAUAGAGGGUUUGUGCGAAAAGGGUAAAAUCGAUCUUGGUUUUAGGAUUUUGAAUGGGGUUGUGGCGAGAGGUGGUUUUGUAAAUCGGGUGGAUCUUUUUAACGGUUUGCUUGAAGGUUAUUGGAAAGGAGGAAGAGUUGUAGAGGCUGAAGGGUUGUUUGGGGAGAUGAAGAAGGGAAGUUUCGGUAUUGUAAAUUUGAGGAGUUAUAAGAUCAUGGUUAUUGGAUAUUGUAGUGGUGAUUGUGAGUUGAAAAAGGUGACAAGUUCAUUUGAUGAGAUGGUGAAAAACAAUAUCGAGGUUGAUUGGGAGGUUUAUGAGGCGGUUAUGAUGUUGUUGUGUUGUCGUGGGGAGUUUGAUCGUGUUCUUGACUAUUUGAAUAAGAUGAUUGAAACGGGAAGUUUUGUGUCUAGUUUAAGAUUUAGAAAAGUCUUUGAUUUGAUGAUUAGCUCUAGAGCUUUAGGGUAG